GCAGCAUUUCUGUUUUUUAAUUGCAGUCGAAGCGUUGCAGAACCAUCAACCGAUUAUAGCUGAAGACUUGCGGGACAUCGUGCAAGAAGAAAGCAAGAAGAAUGAACUUGCGAGGAUCGUGGUCGUUGAUCUUCGCAGUAUUUUGCCACCAUGCAAUUGCUGAUAUAUACCUCCAUAACCCAAGAGGCUCUAACAAUCGACUCGAUGGCGAACGAGCUAAUCGCAGAAACAACAACAGAGUGUUUAACUCGCAGAAUAAUGCGAAAGGAGGAUAUAAUGUAGCAGAAAAAUCAUCAAACAAGAGUAAAAACUGGUUCCAAAUGAAUUACUACAUGAGUGGACCAGGCGAGGGAAAGACAAUCUUACCAAUUGAGUGGACAAACCAACAUGGCUGUGGGCAUAGAGAUCUUAACUGCAACAUUGUUCUGCAAUACAGAUGUCAACCAACGUCUAUCACAGAUAAGCUUCAAAUGAUGAGAAAUGGCAAAGUAACCAACACACCCAGGUUUUUAAAAGGAAUGAAUAGAAUGUGCCGAAAUAUGGAUCGUUUUCUAAGAAAAUUCAUCAGCUUAGACCGAGCCCUCAAUGAGCCCUGGCAAUCGUAUAGUUGUUGCACAGUACGUGAAAGAAACAAGGGUUUGUUUACUGCGAACGAAACAUUGAAAGGCGACAAAGCGAAAUAUACCAGGCAAAACCCUAAUGGUAACAGGUAUGGUUAUGAAUGUCCUGAAGAACGUGAUUACUAUCCAUACUGGCAUCCAACGGUUUGGACAGAUAUUGCUGUGCUUGCCAAUAAAGAAGAAGACUGUCCUUAUUACAAGAACGAAAGUUUUAAUACGAAGCCAAAAGGCUUGUGCAUGCAACAAUGCACAAAAACAAGGCGAAGACCAGAAACAAGAUGGCGUCAUUGUUCACAGUGGAAUAAUGAAGAUGACUGUAUCAAAAAAGAAGGAAUAUGGGUAAACUUCCAUAACUUUAAAGAAAUUACCGACAAAACGAGAGAUGAAUGCACGGGUAGUGAUCUUAUUUGGGCAAUACCGUAUCGCCCUGAGCACAUGGAUCAACUGGAGGGGGAAGAUUCAGAGCAGUGGAAGAAGUGUUUGGUAAAGUUACAAAAACCAGUCUGUAAAGUAGCACCGAAAUCACGUCCCAAUCAUCUUGGUAACGGAGAAGAUGUUGUUCCGUUGACAUACAACUGGGAACUCCCACAUUUCCCUUCAGGACAGGAGCAACGUUGUGUUCUUCGUAUUAGAUACAAUAUCUCGACGAAUGACUACGAUCCAAAGAAUACAUUUGCUUCAUCAAAUAACAAUGAGGAGGUUAUUUCCAACGACCCAGACGUUAAUGUUGGAAAAGGCACGAACAACAAAGUCCCUCUUCAACUUGCAAUCAACACAGCCCAAUUUGGUCGCACCUUUCAAGAUCGCUCUCAUAUUUUUAAAAUCAUACCGAGAAAGGAUGAUUUCAAGGAUUGCGUCAUCCAUAACCUUAACGUGAAAGGAAAGCGUGGUAAUAUAGUGCAAGCCUAUCCUGCUGUUGAAUACGACUUCACUCCAAAGGACCUAAAAAUGAACUCUUCGCAUUGCAUUCAUAUACAGUUUGCUGGUUCAAAUAAAAAUCCAAAAGGUAACGAUGGUGAAGGACGUAAACAAACGGACAGAAACAAUUUGGUGGCAAUGAAGAGCACAGACUUAAGCUAUCCAUUGGAAGACACGACAGGUACAUUGUUUGACGAAGCGACGGUAAUUGACGCACCUGACCUUGUCGAUCUCGCAGAAACAAGGACUGGCGCAGACAUAGCAACUUCCAUGGCAACAGCCGGCUAUUUCAAACGAGCUCAAGAUGUCCCCAGUCCAUUUCAAGUCCCAGGAUGCAACGCCCAACAAGCUGAACAGCUCGACUGUUAUCCCCCUUCAUGGACCGGAUUGCUCUUGAGACUAAAGCCUGGUAAAUAUCAGUACAUGUGCUCUCGCAACAACAACUUCAGCAACAGAAAUCAGAAGGCAAAGAUUGUAGUUACUGAGGGAUAAAUGCGAAAAGAAACCUUCCUGAUAUUAUCUUCCGAAUAUUUGUUUAGUAUAAAAUUAAUAAGUAGAUCUUGCAUUUCAAGUAGCAAAUUUCUAUUAGUCACACGACGUUAGAAAAUUAAGGUUAUACGUAUACAUUAAUUCUUAUGCAUUACAUUUCAAAAUUACACCGUAUCUAAUUCUUCUCGCAAUCUAUCUUUAACU